GAUAACGCCCUCGUCGGGGAUGCCUUCAUGCGGAAAAUCGAGGCUGUGGCUGCCUUUGUGCCAUAUAUGACUUGCCCGGGAAACCAUGAGGAGAAGUACAAUUUCUCCAACUACCGGUCCCGCUUCAGCAUGCCCGGAGACACCGAGAGCCUCUGGUACAGCUGGGAUGUAGGCCCUGCUCACCUCAUUUCCUUCUCCACGGAGGUGUACUUCUUCCUGGGCUACGGGGAGGAGCUGGUAGCCAAGCAGUUCCAGUGGUUGGAGAGGGACCUCCAGGAGGCAAACCGGCCUACACGGCGUGGGGAGCGCCCCUGGAUCAUCACCAUGGGGCAUCGGCCCAUGUACUGCUCCAACAACGACAAGGACGACUGCACCCAGCACGAGAGCAUCGUGCGCAAAGGACUGAAGCCAAACCGUUACGGCCUGGAGGAUCUUUUCUACAAAUACGGGGUCGAUCUGACGCUGUGGGCUCACGAGCAUUCCUACGAACGUCUCUGGCCUCUCUAUGAUUACAAGGUUUACAAUGGGAGCACCGCAGCCCCUUACACCAAUCCCAGCGCCCCCGUCCACAUUAUCACUGGAUCAGCCGGUUGCAAGGAGCGGCUGGACCCUUUCAUCCCAGACCCCCGAGAAUGGAGUGCUCUGCGGGUUGAGGAUUAUGGGUACGCCCGCAUGCAGAUCGUCAACAUGACCCACCUCUGGUUGGAGCAGGUCUCGGAUGACCAGGAUGGGAAGGUGGUGGAUAAGAUUUGGCUGAUCAAAGACCGGCAUGGUGGCCCCAGGGCCUGGCAGUGACCCUCCAGGCUGGAAGACCCUCGGAGGCAGCCAGUAUCCCACCUCCUGAGCUCCAGCGGCUUCAAUUGCACUGAGCUCUCUGGCCUGAAUAUGAAGCGGUUUGCGUGAAGCGGGUGAAAGAGUGAAGAAGAAGAAGAAGACCACUGGAGGAAAAGGAGGAGGAAGUUCAGUGAUGUUGCUGCAGCUGCCCUCCGGGUAGCAUUGAGGACAAGUGUGAUUUUUAAGCAAAUAAUUACUUGAAAUAAAAAUCAGGACUAAAGGGAGA